AUGCUAGACAGUUCUGAAAAUCCAAAAACAGCUCAAAAGAAUCCACAAAGUCACCGCUUGGAAGAAGAACUGCAAAGCAUUCUUGCUUAUUUCACCUCACAAAUAAAGAUGGUAGAAGCUGCGAUUGGAACGGCCAGGAGAAAACGAGCAUCACCUAUCUCUGCUUCAUUACCGAACAUAGAAUCUACGUACUUCUUGGAUAGAAUAGGUGCUCUGAAGAAGUCGUUGGCAAACCGUAAUGAGACAAAGACAAGCGAGAACGUGGAUCCUCCUCCAAGAUUCAAAACCGAAAAUCACUUUCCUCCUAUUUUCACCCAACUUAAUGAAAGUGAAUGCAAACGUUUGACUCAACCUGAACUGGUGGCUGAACUGAAGCAAAGGGGUACGUACAACCCGGAACUGAUGGCAUGGGACGCUAUCGGUGUGAUUCGAUUUCUCGACAGGACCAUUCAUGAUCAUUACCAACGACAGCCUCCGCGAAAUCGACAGCGGGAAGAAGCAUUUUCGCGGAAUGUCGAAGCUCUUGCUAGCCUUCUGAAGGAACUCAACGUCACUUGCGAUCUUCGAUCACCUUCCGUUUUGCAAAAACUGCAAAAUGCAACGUUCGGUGAACCGCGCAGAAGCAUACUUUCACCAUCAUUACGACGUUCGAAAAGAACAGACCAAGUCGAGGAAAUCCUCCGAGCGCUCAAUCUCUCAGGCGAAGUGCCACGAAGAUCGAAAGAUCAACCACUUACCCUGGAAGACGAAAACAUGGCACCACGGCAAAGAUUGAUAGGUGAGUCACAUAUAGUGCCAUUCGGCUGCGAUAAAAGAGGAGCGGAAGAGGAUGGCUACUUACGGCUAUGUGGAGCAUGUCAGGCCAUACGACAUCUCCCCGAUACAUUUUUUCCGCCUUUCAUCAACGAAGUGACUUGCGAUAGCGACAAAGCUUGUCUGUACUUCUAUGAUUACCCUCAUGGAAAAUGUCGACAAAAACAUAUGAAUUUCGUGGUACUGCGAAAUGUGGGAACAAAUGACUGUCAAAUAUGGAAAAAAUUCAAUCUGAAUGUUCGAGUUUCCUGUGAAUGUUUUGUUGAUGAGAUGUCGUUUUUCGCAAAAUACGUGUGAACUGGAUCAUGAACAAAGUGAUUCAAACUAAUCCAAUCUAGUCGCAGCAAUGAUUUCACAUACAGUUCUCAGACCAGCUAUUAGGUGACUCCCGAAAGCUCUUAAAUAGUACUUAUCUUAGUGCUCAUUUUCUUUAGUUCCUUUGCUUGUGCCUAGUUCAUUCUCUUAACGUUGCAUCUUUCAUUUGCGUCUUUCAUUUGUACUUUCGUUCCAUGCUCAGUUCGUACUCGUACCGGUCCAUCACAUCUCAGCCUCACAGAUGAUCAAUGCUUUCGUUUUUUUCUCAUGUCAAGCAC